AUGAGGGUGUGGUCAUGGGAACAAUGCUGGGAAACUGGUGUGGUCCUGCUGGGCUUCCUGACAUUGGCAGUGUCUGUGGGGAACCUGUCCACCAGGGGGCUGCAGGAGGAGGGUGUGGCCUCCAACAGUCUGGAGGAGGAGCUGGAGGUGACCACGUACUGGUGGGGGGAGUGGGCCAAGUGGACGGCCUGCACUCGUACCUGUGGAGGCGGAGUUAUGUCACAGGAGAGGCACUGCCUCAAACAGAGAAAGAAAGUUGCCUCUGGGAAGGACAACAUGACCUGUACAGGAACCGCGAAGAAAUAUCAUCUCUGCAACACUAAAGAAUGUCCUGCCGCUGGGAGGAGCUUCAGAGAAGAGCAGUGCUGGUCCUUCAACUCCCAGCUUUACAAUGGGAGGAACUACCAGUGGAAACCUCUGUAUCCUGACGACUACGUUCACAUCUCUAGCAACCCCUGUGACCUCCACUGCACCACCACCGAUGGCCAGAGGCAGCUGAUGGUGACGGCACGAGAUGGCACUUCCUGCAAGUACAGCAGCUACCGCGGCGUCUGCGUGGACGGUAAGUGUGAGCCAAUCGGAUGUGACGGGGUUCUGUUUUCCUCCAACACCCUGGAUAAGUGUGGGGUCUGUCAGGGGGACGGCAGCAGCUGCAGCAGAGUCACCGGAAACUUCCGCCGCGGGGCCACGACUCUGGGUUACUCUUUCAUCACUCAAAUCCCUGAAGGAUCAUGGGACAUUCAGAUCAUCGAGAGGAAGAAGUCGGCUGAUGUUCUUGCUGUGACCGACCAGGCGGGAAACUUCUUCUUUAACGGGGCCUACAAGGUGGACAGUCCCCAGAACUUCCACGCUGCUGGCACUGUGUUCAAGUACCGCCGGCCCAUGGACGUGUACGAGACCGGGAUCGAGUACAUUGUCGCCAAAGGCCCCAUUGAUCAGGCCAUCAAUAUUCUGGUGUGGAACCAGAACGGCCGCACCCCGUACAUCACCUACGAAUACACCGUCCUCCGGGACUCCCUGCCACCCAUCCCACCUCCUCCUGUGUACACCGGAUCAGACACUUCAGCGGGGGAGGUGUCGGUGGAGGUGGGGAUCCUGCUGUCCCCUAACAGUAGUGUUUAUGACCAGACGGUCCCUCAGGGCCAGCUGGAGCAGGGAGGAGCAGACGCUCAAAAGCACCAGGAGACCAAUGAGGUGUAUGAGGAGGCAGCGGCUAUCGACUGCGACCAGGAUGGAGCAGCUGCCCCAAAGUUUACAGAGGGAAACAGCAGCCACACAGGUAGCACUGCCAAACCCCCCCCUGCUGGUGGACCUCUGGAUUCAGGGCCAGAUUCCCCAAACCUCAUCUGGAGGGUCCUGCUGGACGGACGAAUGAACCCCGAUGAGCUGCUCAUCAACAUCUCGACCAAUCAGCUGCUGACAGAGGGAGACAGCUUGUUCUCGUCGGAGCUGGGACCAGCAGAGGUGGACCUGAGCAGCGUGGAGCGAGAAUUCGGUCUAAACGACACCCUGGAGUACACUCUGGGCCGCAAACGCAACGACAGCGGAGACACUUUAUACCACAACAAGACAGUUCAGAGCGGUGCGAGGACCUCCAGCCGCUCCAACAGAACCAGGGGGAAUCAGAGGUUCUACCAGAAGAACCUUAAACUGAGUGCUGCAGACAUGUAUCGCUGGAAACUUUCCUCUCAGGAGCCCUGCAGCAUGACGUGCUCUAUAGGAGUGUCCAAGUCCUUCGUCACAUGUGUUCGUUACGAUGGCGUCGAGGUGCACGACAUGUACUGUGAUGCUCUGACCAGACCAGAGCCAGUCCACGACUUCUGCAUUGGCAGAGAAUGUCAGCCCAGAUGGGAGGCGAGCAGCUGGAGCGAGUGCUCCAGGACCUGCGGGGAGGGUUUCCAGUUUCGUCAGGUUCGCUGUUGGAAGAUGCUCUCGCCGGGCCUGGACAGCUCGGUCUACAGCGACCUCUGCACCAUGGCCGACCUGGAGAGACCCGUGGAGAGACGAGCCUGCAAAAGCCCCGCCUGCGGCCCUCAGUGGGAGGUGGCCGAGUGGACUGAGUGUCCUGCUAAAUGUGGCCGUAAAGCCCAGGUGACCCGCGACGUCCGCUGCUCUGAUGAGACCAGACCGUGUGACCCGAUGACCAGACCGCCAAACAUCAAAAACUGCACCGGUCCGCCCUGCGAACGCCACUGGACUGUGUCUGAAUGGGGGCCUUGCUCGGGGUCGUGCGGCCAGGGGAAGAUGGUGCGUCACGUGUACUGUAAGGCUCCGGACGGUCGCGUGGUCCCAGAGAACCAGUGCUCUGCGGAGAACAAGCCGCUGGCCAUCCACCCCUGUGGGGAGAGAGACUGUGCUCCACACUGGCUGAGCCAAGACUGGGAGAGGUGCAACACGACCUGUGGUCGCGGCGUGAAGCGAAGGAUCGUCCUGUGCGUCGGCAUCAGCGGAGGAAAGUUCCAGACCUUUGACGAUGACGCAUGUGGAGGCAGCGAGAAGCCUGAAGAGGAGAACACCUGCUUUGAGAGGCCGUGCUUCAAAUGGUACACCACCCCCUGGUCUGAGUGCACUAAGACGUGUGGUGUGGGUGUGAGGAUGAGGGACGUGAAGUGUUACCAGGGCAGAGAGCUGGUCCGAGGCUGUGACCCCCUCACCAAACCGGUGGCCAAACAGACCUGCACGCUGCAGGCCUGCCCCACCGAGCCCCCAGAUGAGAGCUGCCAGGAUCGUCCCUCCACCAACUGCCUGCUGGCUCUUAAGGUGAACCUGUGCAGCCACUGGUACUACAGCAAGGCCUGCUGCCACUCCUGCCGCGCCGUACGACCUCCACCCUCCUAG